CAAAGGUUUCUCCUUCCCUUUCAGUAGUUGAGGAGUCUCGCCUGAGAGAUCCAUCAAUGGGGUACAUACAGGAAGCACGUGAGAAUCACGUGAAGAAGAAGGUAGAAGAAGCGCUGAGGAGCAAAAUGAAGCAGAAGGCGAUGAAGGAGUGUAAGGAUUACGCGUCCAAAUACGCAGAGUGCUCUACGGGAAGAACCAUCUCCGUUGUUUGGCAGUGUCGCCAAGAAGCCAAGGAACUGAACAAUUGCCUUCACCAAUUUACUAAUGAUGAUGUCUUGGAGCAAAUGAAAAAAGAUUACAUGCUUCAACAGGAGCAGAAGGGGUCUACCAGAAGUCUAAAUCCAUCCUCUAUAUAAGCAUGGGCAAAACAUUAAGUGCAGAGUUUGUUGUUAAGCAACAUUUUAAGUGUCUUCCUUGAAGUGGAUAUGCAGCAUUUUAGUUGCCACUGGUUCAUAUGUCAAUUAUGCAUCAGUUGAGUUUGAUUUCCACUUAGAGGAUUGAACUGGUCAAAUACUGUUUGUAGUUGGAAUAUGUCAAAAUAUGGAUUUGCAAAAUUUGCUAUUUCAGGCCAAUUUGUACUGUUAUUCUC